AUGGCUAGCUACACCGGCAGCGGCAAUGGCGGCCCUUCCUCCUCCUCGUCCGGCUAUGCUCCCCACGCCCCGUCCAACCUUCGCCAGAACUAUGCUCACUUCGGGGACCACGACCAGGACCCCGUAGGCGACUUCAUGCGCUUCCUCAGGCGCCAGGCGCAGUCGCUGCAUCGGUUUUGGAAUGCGAGGGGGAAGAGGGCGACGCUGGCCUUCCUGCUCGACGUGGCCCACCAGCUGCGCAGGAAUCUAACAUUCCGUCGCCUUUCCAGUUUCCCACACCUCAUGGUCAUGAUAUGGGCCGUGCCGUCAGAUGCCACGCCUCACCACCUGAUCUUCGUCGCCGACCCCCAACUGAUCGAUCCGCACUCUUACCCCGGGCGACCUUGGCCGAUCAGUUCGUUGACUGUCACCGUCACCGACAACUACAUGCGCCGGUCGUACCGCCAGCUGCAAGAGCAGCUACACCCUGACACGGUCUUCUUUCUGGGCGACCUGUUCGACGGAGGCAGAGAGUGGCGGACAUUCCACGGCGAUUCCCAAGACCCAAGCUGGAACCACCGACCCAAGGGGGAAGUAGGCUACGCGAAAAAGUGGAAGAAAAAGUACGGAGAAGACUUCUGGUUGAAGGAAUAUGCGAGGUUCAUUGGGCUGUUCGUCAACCCUUGGGAUCUCGGCGGAAAAGAAGCAGGGCGAGGCCAAAGAGGGAGAAGGCUGAUUGCCAGUCUACCUGGCAACCAUGAUCUCGGGUUUGGCUCCGAGGUCAAGGUCCCUGUGAGAAAUCGCUUCGAGGCGUAUUUCGGGGACGUGAACAGGGUGGACGUCAUCGCGAACCACACCUUUGUGUCGAUAGACGCGGUUUCCCUGAGCGCCCGCUCCUCGGACGACAGGAACCAAGGCGAUCUGAGCAGCAUCUACAAGCCAACAGAGGAUUUCCUGAACAAGGCGCAACUAUCGAAACGGAAAGCAGUUGAGCGAGAGCUACGACGACUUCGCGGAGAGGUUGGGGAAGUGCCACAGGAGCACAAGAUCGAAGACGCGCUUUCGGCAGAAUUCAACCACAUCCCGACGCUGAAUCCAGGCGAGGGCAAGGCGGAACUGCCAACGAUACUGCUUUCGCAUGUGCCGCUAUACCGGCCGCCAGGGACGCAGUGUGGACCUAUGCGAGAACACUGGCCGCCAGCGAACCCAGCGGACCCAGGGGCCAGAGACGAUAGGAAUGCGAUUUCAGUCUCUAGGGGCUACCAGUACCAGAAUGUGCUUAACGAAGGCGACUCGAUAGACGUGGUCAACAAGAUCGGCAACAUUAUUCACGCGUUUUCCGGCGAUGACCACGACUACUGCGAGUUGAGGCAUGCGGACAAUCAGGCGAAUGUGAAGGAGAUCACAGUCAAGAGCACGAGCAUGGCCAUGGGCGUCCCAACGCCGGGUUUUGUCAUGGUCAGCAUGUACAACCCCAUCGAUGCGGAAGGGAAGCCACUCUCAGGUGACCAGGAGCACACGCUGCAGACGCAUCUGUGCCUGCUGCCCAGCCAGCUGUCUACCUACGCGCGAUACGGCGGCUUCGCUUUCGUCUGCGCCGUAGCACUGACCAUACGGGCGUUUCUCGUGCCCAUUCUGAACCUACAGCCAUUUGCGCUCGACCCGAGCGCGCCAGGAAGCAAGUCCCGGUCCGCGCUGCCCAUGUUCAAGGCGAAGCUGGACGACCACGAUCCGGAGCAGGCCCAGUCCGGGUACUCCGGGUACCGGAAUGGGUCCUCUGCGUCGUCGUUCAACUCGGCCGCGCCGCACCGGUCCGCGACGCGCGAUAGGAGCGCGUCCUUCACGCCCGGAGUCAGGGCGAACGGCCUCGUGGCGCAGGCCCGCAACGCAUCGCCGAAGCGGACGCCGGGCGGGGGCGGAAACGCCAAGGGCCUCGCGAGGCACAGCUCCAACAGGGAGAAGAACGGGGGCCGUUGGGGCGGCUGGGGCCACGGGCCGAAGAUAGAGAUCGACAUUGGCGAGGACGACGAGUACUACUACGACGCGGGCAAGUCACGCUGGAAGGCGACGACCGCAACGGCGCCACACUCGCCGAUUCUGUCAUCCAUCGGCUCAGCUAUCCCACGAGCGACCGUCGCCAACAUCACCCUGACAUGCAGACCUCUCCAACAGAGACGCUACUCGUCAUCGAAACCAUCGCGAGACAACGACUCGGGAGACUUGCCCGUCAACCAGUCCGUCCAGCCAUCUACCGUAUCCAAGACCGCCGGGGCAAAAUCUUCCGGUGAUAAGAGGAAACGGAAAGCGAAGGAGAGCUCGGAGGAACAACAGCUCCCAAGGGUCCCUAGCACGCAAAGUAUACCCAACGAAUCCCUCGCCCUAUCCUCGUUCUUCUCUCUCCACAGGCCUAUCUCGGUGACACACAGCCUACCCCGAAUCGUAACCGACGAUGCCUUCGCAGCGAUAUUCACACAGCGCGCGAGAGCGGCGAAGCCCUCCGAGGUCAUGUCCACCAUCUCGCGCACCGUUCAAGGCCUCGAACAGCCCAUGGCAAGCCUUUCCGUCGAGAGCGACGCCAACACCCCCCACGAGACUGAGGCCGGAAUCCAGAAGCUCGACAUGAUGCAAGGAGAGGGCGCCGAGGCAGCCGUCUCCGUGCAAAUAAACUCGAUGUCCGGCAACUUCUUGCCCUUCCGCCCUCCACCUCUACCGCAACCGCACUCCGCGACCAGCACAACCGAGGCUGCUGCAGGGAAGGCCGGGUCGGACGCUGCCCUCGCCGCGGCGGACGCGGACCAGCAGAUGCAGACGCGGGUGUACAGGGCCGUCUUCACGAUCGAGGAGUCGACGGAUGCACACGGCGACGUCAAGAUCCUGGCGCACAGCCCGGAGCUCAUCGAGGAGCCGCAGCAGCAGCAGGGCUCGAAGGCGGCCCCAGAGCCGCGGACGUUCCUGGAGCGCAUGGCGCAGCGGCAGAUGCGCUACGAGGCCAUCAGCGUCAAGAGGCAGAGGAAGCUCAAGAUGAAGAAGAAGAAGUACAAGAAGCUGCAGAAGAGGCUCAGGCACGAGAAGAGGAAGCACGACAGGUAG